GCGCUCCUCUCUCGGGGGAGCUCUGCGGAGCAGCCUCGGGAAGAGGUGGAGGCGGCCGCUUGCCAGGCAGGAUCUGCCGCGGCUCCCCACUGCGCGGCGCGCUCAGGCAGCGGCGCCGGACAGGGCUCCCGGCGGUAUCCCUCCGCCCGCCGGCCGCACCAUGAGCUCCGACUGCACCAGCUACCUGAGCGCCGACGGGGCGUCGGUGAGCGGCUUCAGCUGCCCGCGGGCGGACGGCGAGGCGAGCGCCGUGUACUGCUGCGGCUUCCAGGACGUCAAGUACUGCUGCGAUGACCCCCACAGCUUCUUCCCCUACGAGCACGGCUACAUGUGGUGGCUCAGUGUUGGUGCACUUGUGGGUCUGUCGAUAGCAGCAGUGGUCCUGCUUGCUUUUAUCAUCACAGUGUGUGUUCUCUGUUACUUGUUUAUCAGUACGAAGCCACGCAGCAAGCUGGAUACAGGUUUAAGCUUGCAGACAGCAGAGAGACUAGAGGGAGUUCCUUGUGAAAUAUAUAAAGGCACUGGACUGGAUUCCCACAGUGCUGCAAUACAGCAUGGAACUGUAUCCUUCAGAAGGCACCAGCUGGCAGUGCAUUUGCAGAGCCAAAUGGAUUCAGGAAAUGCUUCCUUAGCCAUAAACUGGACUGUGAUAACCAGUCCCAAGACCCUGACAGACUUUCCAGAGGUGUUUUAUGGCAACUAUAACCACCAUUAACAUCUGGGGGCAACAUGAAUCCGUGCCUGGUUAUGUGUUUCUUACAGCCAUUAAUGUGCAGAUGUUGUAUUGAAAGGCAAUGGUGUAUUUUGAUUUUUUUUUCAUAGACUUAAGGUCAGAAGGGACCAUUAUGGUCAUCUAGUCUGACCUCCUGCACAGAAUCUCA